AUGGCAUCCACGUCUUUGAAAGGCACUCGCAAAACGUACAGCUUCGAGGAGCGCAGAAUUCUUAUAUCACUGAUAAACAAAUACGAAAUCAUCGAAGGCAGAAAGUCAGAUUCCGUGUCCAUAUGUAAACGGAGGUCAGCCUGGUCACUGGUUGCCGAGGAGUACAAUUCGUUGGUGGGACCUCAAGCUGCACGAUCUGCGGUGCAGCUCAGACGUUGCUGGGAAAAUAUGAAAGCAUGCAAGCGUAAUCGCGAAGAGAAGAAAUCCCGUGCGAAAGCGGUUUGUCAAUCGACGAAAGAUGAGACUCUGGGGAGGAGUCAAUGCUGGGAAGUUGCAACUUGCAGUCAGAAUACAGAAUUGGAAGCGCCAAAAUCUACUGGAACAGUUGGAUUGCCACCGAAUGUGUUAUUCGAGCCAACGGAUUCCGAGCCGUUCACAUUGCAAAGCGUUUGCACCACGAGGUUUCAGAAGCCGAGCUGUUCAAAGGAUGCAGAUAGUUGCCGAGACAUGAGUUAUGGCGAUAUGUUCAAGCAAACGAUCGCUGAUGGAAACAAAUGUGACACUUUCAUUGCAUCUUACGGCCCGAUAGUUGAUUGUCAAGAGAAAUCGGUGAAAACAAACGCCGAUUCGCUUACAGUUAACCAAUCGGCGGACGAUGCCCUCGAGAAAGGUCACGUAAAUUCGGGAUCGAAUACUUCGCACAUCUUAACAUCAUCCUCCGUCAUGCAUCAGUAUAAUCGCAAGAGAAAAUCCGCGCAACGAGAGGAAGAGUUGCAUAUGCUUGCGCUCUCCGAGGCGCAGAUGAAGGUCGACAUCGCCGCGAUGCUGAAGGAGGAGGCAAGGAUCAAGUUGGAGGAAGCUCACUACCGUAAGGAAGAGGCACGGCUUAGGAUGCUGCUCUUUACUUACAAAGUGGACAGAGUCAAAUAGGAAUGAUGGGAACCGGAUAAUAUAU